UCCUUAUCGACUCUGGUCAGCGUGGACCAAGUCGUCCCAGCUGUGAAUCUCUUUUUCUCCAUCAUCAAUUGCCCCUGUAUUAUAUACCUUCCUAGUUUGACCAAUUUUGUACUGUCAGCGGCUGCAAAACACACCAGCCAUGCCUGUCGUCAAAGGUGGUGUUUGGACGAAUAUUGAGGAUGAGGUGCUUCGGGCGGCGGUCUCCAAGUACGGUCUUAACCAGUGGGCGCGUGUUUCCUCGCUGUUAGCAAGAAAGACCCCCAAGCAAUGCAAGGCGCGAUGGGUGGAAUGGCUAGAUCCCGGCAUCCGCAAGGUCGAAUGGUCGAGGGAGGAGGAUGAGAAGCUGUUACAUCUGGCUAAGUUGAUGCCAACCCAGUGGCGCACCAUUGCACCUAUCGUGGGACGCACGGCAACACAGUGCUUGGAACGCUACCAGAAGUUGCUGGACGAAGCAGAAGCGCGUGAGAAUGAUGAGCUGGGUCUGGAAGGUCCCGGUGCCGAGUCGGCUGCCCCUAGUGCCGACGAUGUGCGACGGCUACGACCCGGUGAACUGGACCCCGACCCGGAAUCCAAACCCGCUCGUCCUGAUACGAUUGACCUUGACGAAGAUGAGAAGGAGAUGCUGAGUGAGGCCCGAGCUCGUCUGGCGAACACACAAGGAAAGAAGGCGAAGCGGAAGGCUAGAGAAAGACAGUUGGAAGAGUCGCGACGACUUGCAGUCCUUCAGAAACGACGUGAACUCAAAAAUGCUGGCAUUAAUAUCAAGGUCGUGACUCGCAAGAAGGGUGAAAUGGACUACAAUGCCGACAUUCCGUUCGAAAAGCCUGCAGCACCCGGUUUCUAUGAUACUAUGGAGGAAGAAGCCCGAAACGAGCGACAACGGGAGAUGUUUGACCCCCGCAAACAGCAGCUCGCCAACAAGCGGAAAGGAGAUCAAGAUGACGAUGCGGAGCGCAAGAAGCGGAAGAACGACAAGAAUGGUAAUUCUGCAUCUGCCGCCGCUGCCCGCGCUGGCCAGAUGCAGAAGAUUCGCGAAGCAGAGCAGAGCAGCAAGAGAAGAGCGCUUGUUCUUCCCAGCCCUCAGAUGGGUAUGGCAGGCGACAGAGCCAGAUUGAUUGGCAACUACUCUGCUAUUGUCGGUGGAACUCCGAUCAGAACGCCCCGGGCGGCGCCAGAGGAAGACCACAUCGCCAACGAGAUCCGCAACAUCAGAGCUUUGACUGAAACUCAAUCAUCGCUAUUGGGUGGUGAAAAUACUCCUUUGCAUGAGGGGGGAUCAUCUACUGGAUUUGAUGGGAUCGCUCCCCGGCGUCAGCAGAUCUUUACCCCGAACCCUAUGGCCACACCAGGUGGUGUUGGGCCUGGUGCCACUCCUUUGCGGACUCCUCGGGAUCACUUCGCUCUAAACCAGGCAGAAGCUGGACAGCUGAUCGGAAGCACCCCCAGAGACAUCAAAAUGAAUGAGAAGCUUGCACGUCAAAGCAUCCGCGGCAAGCUGGCAGCUCUACCAAAGCCCAAAGAAACGGAGUGGGAACUGGAAGAGCUUCCUUCCGAAUCUGCGGAGCCAGCCACCGCAACUGACUACGCUCGACAGCGUGCCGCCGAAGCCGAGUUCAAGCGUCAGACGCAAGUAUAUCAGCGAGCCCUUCCCCGGCCAAGUGUACUUGAUAUUGACGCAUUGAUGGAGCGGGUAUCUCAUGUUGCGGAUCCCAUUUCGGGUCUGGUCGCAAAAGAAGCUGCUCUUCUUAUUGCGCACGAUGCGCGCAAAUUCCCUAUCCCGGGUGCGAAGCUCGAUGACAGUUUCAUUCAGCAAGCUCCUGAAAAGCAGCAGGAAUGGCAGGAGGACUUUGAUGAGCAAUGGUCGACGAAACACUCCAACACACUGCCCGGUCUUUCCAACUAUGCCGAUGACGAAGAGGAGGAUGUAUAUCAACAAGAACAGCGGAUGAUCGCAGCAUUCGAUAACCGAGGUAACAAGCUAGAGAAGAAGCUUGCCUUACAUUACGGCGUGGAGGCCAACACAGCCCUGGAGAAGACUAGAGAUGAGCUCGAUGCUUUCCGCACGCUCCAGAUCUCGGAACAAUCUGCUAUUUCUCGGAGACUUGAAAGACUGAGGGAUGAUGUGGCAUUUGUCAUGCGCAGAGAGCGCGAAGCUCAAGACCUGUAUAGAACCAGGAAGGACGAGCUCGACGAGCUUGUGGCCGGAACAGGGGGGAUGAAUCAUACCUCCAUCACUAUGGGCGGCAGGGACGAGGCCACGGGGACCCCGGACCCCGUCGAGAAGGGGUUCGCCACCCUCAAUACCAUCCGGAUCGGUGUGAAGGCCAUGGUGCAGAAGGAUGGGGAAUUACGAAAGGCGGAGAUUCUAUCUAUAAAGCAGCGAAAAGAUGGUCCUUCAUUCUACGUUCACUAUGUCGACUUCAACAAGCGUCUUGAUGAAUGGGUUGAUUCCACAAGAAUCGAUCUGUCACAUGAGGUCGAAUGGCCCCAGCCGGAGAAACCAGAGAAAAAGAAGACCGGCCCCGGCAACAAAGCGCCCAGCAAGAACCCCCAGAAGCGUGCGAGAGCUGAAAGCCGUGAUGUAUCGGCAACCCCGGAUCUUCUGACGGGCAAGAACACCAAUGUUGGCAAGGCCCAGCGUCCAUCCAAAGCAGGCGGGAAGGAGAAUCGCGACGAGACCCCUUUGAACCUUUCCAUUGGGGGCUCAGAAGCUGUCUCCGCAGAUGGAACCCCCAAGCCUGACUCGGAUGAUGUUGACAUGAUCGAUGUCGGCUUCUCCAAGGAUGAGAAGGAAGAGGCGAAAGCGCUUGGCCUUAUGUCUCGUGAAGAAGAGAUCGAACGACUCCGCACCAGUGGCAGUAUGACCCAGAACCCGACGGAAAUUCAUCGUGUGCGAAACUUGACCCGUCUCCAAAUGGGUAAAUAUGAUAUCGAACCAUGGUACUUCUCCCCCUACCCUGCAUCAUUCUCCGAUGCAGAUGUCGUGUACAUCGAUGAGUUCUGUUUGGGAUACUUCGACAACAAGCGCUCCUUCGAGCGUCAUCGUUCCAAAUGCACUCUCGUGCAUCCUCCGGGAAACGAAAUCUACCGAGACGACUACAUUUCCUUCUUCGAAGUUGACGGCCGACGCCAACGAACCUGGUGCCGCAACCUCUGUCUUCUGAGCAAGCUUUUCCUCGAUCACAAGACUCUCUACUACGACGUCGACCCCUUCCUCUUCUACUGCAUGUGCAGUCGCGACGAAACCGGCUGCCAUCUUGUCGGCUACUUUUCCAAAGAAAAAGACUCCGCGGAAGGCUACAACUUGGCCUGUAUUCUCACUCUCCCUCAAUACCAACGCCGCGGGUACGGCCGUCUCCUCAUCUCCUUCAGCUACGAGCUCGGCAAGCGAGAAGGAAAGCUUGGAUCGCCUGAGAAACCGCUCAGUGAUCUUGGUCUCCUCAGUUAUCGACAGUAUUGGCGAGAGACUCUCGUGGAAAUCCUCUUAGAUGCCGGUCGAGAGGCCAUCAGCGAGCACGAUCUUUCCAUGCUCACCUCUAUGACGGAGAAAGACGUCCACGAGACGUUGGUCGUUUUCAAUAUGCUUCGAUACCAUAAAGGAAACUGGGUCAUAGUUCUAACCGACCAAGUGGUGGAAGAGCACAAAAAGCGCCUAGAAAAAGAAAAGAUCAAGGGCUCUCGCAAAAUCGACCCCGCACGUCUGCAAUGGAAACCUCCCGUUUUCACUGCGUCAUCCCGUACCUGGAACUGGUAAGACAUCAAUGACUAUCAUGAUGGACGGGAUGAGAUGCUAUGGAAGGGGAAGGGGAAGGCGGCGGAAGUUGAUACCCAAUUUGGAAGGAGUCCCUGGUGUAAUGUAUGUUGAUGAUUUCGUUUCUCGUUUUGGAGUUAUUUCUUAUCUAUUGUUUAAUCUGCGACUCACGGGAUGUAUAUUAGUUACUUUUGGGGUGGGGAGUUUGUUUGAUUAGCAUGGACUAGCGAUAGCAGGACAGGUGUUGUGGGUGUUUUUCUUGUUCUGUGAGAGUUGGUAGUUCAGUUGUAGGUUUGAUAGAUGUCAAAAAGAUUCUUGUGUGUACUCUGUAAUCUGUAUCAAAUGUC